CUGAGACUCCCCCCUUACUUCCUUCGUUACCUACUGCCUUCUGUCUCCCUAUCUGUUCUCUGACCCUGUCUCCUCCUCCUUCACCCUUCUCUCCCCUCUCUCUCUCGCUCUCUCUGUCUCUCUCUCACACACACACACACACUACUUCUCUCUCUCUCUCCUCUCACAGUCAGACCAGGGAGAGCGAAGCGCCUUGGUCGCAUCUCCCCGUCGUCUCUCUUUUUCAUUCCUCUGCACUCUCUCCAUCCACCACCUCUGAUUGUGAAAGAAAAACUCUCCGAGCUCGUUACCAGAGGCAGGACACAGGAGCAGGGGGGUAGACCGGUGGGGGGAAUACAUUCUUUGCGAUCCCUCAAAAGAACUGAGGAGUCUUUGUUCUUCUCUGGCUUUUGAUGGUUGACCGGCUUUGCUGCUUUUCUUCUACACGGAAGGUCUUGAAAUGGAAGAGGUGAUGUGAGAACAACAACACAGAGCAAAAGCCUUAACCAUUAAAUUUUUCUUCACAUAUCAAAGUGAUGCACUGAAGUGAGGAACCGAAGACUUAAUUCAUCUCCCAGCAAGAACUUCUAAAGGACGCAACGUUUAAUCGACAGAUUUCAAAAACCACCCACACUGAGACUUUUCCAGGCUGUUUCCGCUCUCCUUCAGUUCCCCGACUUUACUUUUCCAAAGCUCCUGCUCCGCCGCCUUGAAGCUCAGCCAUGCAGGUGUCUAUCGCUUGCACAGACCACAACCUGAAACGGGGCAAUGGGGACCACAGCAAGCAGAGCGCCACCAGCCCCAACGUGGUCAACCAAGCCCGGGCCAAGUUCCGCACCGUGGCCAUCAUCGCCCGCAGCUUCGGCUCCUUUACACCGCGCCACAUCUCGCUCAAGGAGUCUACAGGGAAACACACAGGCAUGAAAUACAGGAAUCUGGGAAAGUCAGGACUCAGAGUAUCAUGCUUAGGACUGGGUACAUGGGUGACAUUCGGAGGACAGAUAACAGACGAGGUAGCAGAACAGCUGAUGACCAUUGCAUAUGAGAGCGGAGUCAACCUGUUCGACACAGCUGAGGUCUAUGCAGGCGGCAGGGCUGAAGUCAUUCUAGGAAACAUUAUCAAGAAGAAGUGCUGGAGACGAUCCAGUUUGGUCAUUACAACCAAACUCUACUGGGGAGGAAAAGCAGAAACGGAGAGAGGAUUGUCAAGGAAACACAUCAUUGAAGGGCUGAAAGGCUCCCUACAGAGGAUGCAGUUGGAGUAUGUGGAUGUAGUUUUUGCCAACCGCCCAGACAGCAACACUCCCAUGGAGGAGAUUGUAAGGGCCAUGACGUAUGUGAUCAACCAAGGCAUGGCAAUGUACUGGGGGACGUCUCGGUGGACGGCCAUGGAGAUCAUGGAGGCGUAUUCAGUAGCUAGACAGUUUAAUCUGAUCCCUCCGGUCUGCGAGCAGGCAGAGUAUCAUCUGUUCCAGAGGGAGAAAGUGGAAGUGCAACUGCCCGAGCUUUACCACAAGAUAGGAGUUGGGGCGAUGACGUGGUCACCGCUGGCUUGCGGCAUCAUCUCUGGAAAAUAUGAAAAUGGCAUUCCUGAGACCUCCAGGGCCUCCAUGAAGUCGUAUCAGUGGCUAAAGGAGAAGAUAGUGAGUGAGGAUGGGAGGAAGCAACAGACCAAGCUGAAGGAGCUGAACCACAUCGCAGAGAAGCUGGGCUGCACGCUGCCUCAGCUUGCUGUGGCGUGGUGUCUCAGAAAUGAAGGAGUGAGCUCAGUCCUACUGGGAACAUCCAACCCUGAACAGCUCACAGAGAACCUGGGGGCCAUACAGGUUCUUCCUAAGAUGACCUCUCAUGUGGUGUCUGACAUCGACCACAUCCUGGGCAACCGGCCGUACAGCAAGAAGGACUACCGCUCUUAGACCAGGCAAGAGGUCAGCUGAACCGGCCUACUCCACCACACCACGACCAUGGACCCACCCUUCAAUGUUCAAAAAGUCCAUGGCUCUCUCCCUGGGCCCCUCUCAGCUGACAGCUUUGCUCAGCCCAGCGUUGCAUCUCUGUUUGAGAUUCGUCAGAUCCACUCCACAAGGUUCAUCUCAGGUCCAGCCCAGCUCCACCGGCCGAGACUCGCUCAACAAACUCAGCUUUCUGCAGCCUCAAACAAAGCUUCAUCCAUUUGUGUAAAUUAAAACCAACAUGCUGCCCUGUUCUGCACAGGCCCGUUCAAAUAUUACUAUGCACAACUCAAGUUCCGAUCCCAUUUAGAGCCACUCCAUCCAGAGGGCUCCUUUUUAAAUUUAAUUGAAUUAACUGAGGUGAUAUUUUAACUGAGAUCCGAUGGCGAGGCAGCUCCAGCUCCUUGUUGUAUUAGACAAACCCAGCUCCACAGAGAAGAACUGCAGGUGUAUUUCAGAUUCAACUGCCUUGUGUCAAGGACAUAUCGAUUGUAGUCAGUGAGUGGGUCGGCUCUGUGGCUUCCUCUCACUCACAGUCUCCCUGCUCGGACAGGACCAUCAGGUCUCCAUCCUCAGAGUCUCUCUUACGUCCAGACUUCCACCCACCAGUCAAUUUCAUUUGAGCACAAAAUUCAUACUGAGCACAUCAUCUACUUCUGAGUAUAUUACUGUAACAUAGCUAACAUUAAUGCAAGCGCCUUAGACGUAUAAAUUAGAGAAACCUCAGGAAAGAAGAGGCUUCAGUUGUGCCAGUGCUUUUAUUAAACUGCUAUGCAGCACAUACAAUUACCACAGUGGGAUAAAAUUUUUUGUGAUGAUUUCCUAUGAAAUGUGAAGUUUGGCGAAGAUGAAGAGUUUUAUGAAUGAGGCCUCAACAAACUAGCUCCCUGUUGGCUUGAAUUAGCUGCCUUCAACUACCUACCAAAUGUAAUCAGUGUAGUACAGAGUAGUAUCCAGUAGAUAUCAUUGGCUGCAUAUCCUGAGUGUAUUAGCCAACAGGUGCAUGUUCCCCCUUCUGUAAUCUGCGUCUCUGUACUUUUUCCUUUUCUACAAAGCACAUUAGUAACCAACAGAAAAGGAAUUUGAUCGUCUACUCUCCAUGGGGGGAAGCAGAGGAUUGUGGGAUAUUGAGUGUCAGUAGGAAUGUGGACAGCGUUAAGGGGAGAGAGCGAAGCAUGUCGCCCCCUUGUGGUCUUUUUGAGGAACUCUUCCUCUGUUUUAUUAGAUCUUAAGAAGAGAGAAAUAAUGCUUUACGAUCAAAAGGCGGACUACCUCUCUCUGGGUUUGUGUUCAUUAUGGACUCGUCCUCUUUCUUUCCUCUGAACCGAACCUGCAUCGCUGAUCACUUCAAUGAACUUAGCCCAUACGGACUCUAGCAUAUGAUAGAUCUAUAUAAUAAAAGGAUGACCCCCCCCUCCUCCUGGUGGUCGUUAGAAUAACUGCUUGUUAAUGGCACAAUGUGAAAUAUAGGCAAGGUGUUUGGGAUGUGGCAAAGAUUACAGUAUUUAUUCUAGAGUAGUUAACAAAUCUGGAAUUUAUUUUGACAUUUUGAGACAUUGUCAUCUCUUUGAAGAUGUUACAUGUAUAUAAAAUGUUUUAAGGCAGAACUUGUAACAUAAGCGAAACCACGAAGAAGCCUCUGUUACAUAUUAGGCCUUCACUGUAAUGUAUGGCGGAUAUAUAAAUAAGAUGUAAAUAGAGUUAUUUUGUUGCUCCUCUUGCAGUGUCGCUGCAGUGUUUGAAUCUUCACACCAUCCUUAUCCUCCAGCCUCAUAUUUUAUAUAGCUGUCUGUAACGAAUAAGGCUUUAUUUCCAUAGUGAAGUCAGAUUAUAGAAUCUGCAACAAUAGCAGCGUUAUGUGAAAGAAUGGGCUUCUGUUGUGACAAAUAAGGAAUGAGCUAUUCUGUAAUGACUUAACCUUGACUCUUUCUCAUCUGGAGAACAAGCCAUCGCAGUGAUCAGCAGGGACUUUGGCCGGCCUCCAGCUGCAUCGCUGUUUUGUUCUUGGUGAACAAUUGUUGAUUUGUAGCACAAACACCCCGCAGACUUUAAUCAAGGGAAACUUCAGUAGACUCCAGCGUUUGUGUUUACUGCCAAAAAAGCUGUUACACAUAUUGGAACAAACAUCCAUAAGCAGCAAUCGGCUCGUGGUUUAUUUAAAGCAAAUUGUGGCCUUGACCGAUGAACAGGCUUCCUCCCGGCUAUUUGCUUUGGCUCGGUGUUGAAUACAAACGAGGGUGGUCGGACCAGCACUCAGUCAGCAUUCAUACAAUACGAAAGAGGAGCCAUGUACAAAAACAAACAAAAUAUUUUUUUUGCCUUAAAUUACUUGCGUCAAUUCCACUUCAUUUCAUCUUAUCAAAAUACGGACAACAUUUGAUCUAAACAGUCUGUGAAUGCUUCUUUUUAAGUCAAAGUCAGUUUACGUGAUUGAUCCAAUGUGUGACACCACAUGUGGUACUGGAACCGUUGUGUUCUUUUGUGCAAAUGACCAUGUUGGAUCGUAGCCUGUCGGUGUGUGUGGAGACGUGUUAACCGGACAGAGUGCCUUGACGUGAGUUCAGUACAGUAAAAACAUUCAGGGAAGUCUUUAUAACGAGUUGUUACAUGGUGACUGGAUGUUGUCCUACAAAAGAAACAUGAGUGGAGCAAUGUUCCUACAGAUUCUUCUGUUGUGCCCAGUAUAGAGUAUGUAUCUAUUGUUUGGACAAAGCCUCAUUACACUGUGUGUGUGUAGACCCUUUGAUGACAUUUUUACAUUUUCCGAUUCGGCAAGUAAAUACUUCUUAGAUACUUUCUCCUCAUCUAUGGGGACCUUGAUUACAGCGUCUGACAGUGUACUACACUGUCUUUGUUCUGUCUUGGUCUUUAUUUCGGCUGCUUCCCCAAACUGAUCUGACUGGAACAACUAUUGACUUAAUGAAACAUCAGCUUUUCUUCAGAAAAUAGUCUCAAACUAUAACAAACUCCUGAGAGAAACUAGCAAUACAAAUGUCCCAUGGAUACCAACAAAGAUGGGGUGUUAUUUGGUCAAAAAGACAUUCACCUCCACCAAGGCCCAACAGUCCCCUUUAAUUAGGUUACACCAAAUUUCACACUCAUAGAUAUCAGUUCCCUAAAUAUACCUGAUAUCUUUUAUAAUACAUAGUGAUAUAUGGACAAACUGGACAUUGUUCUGUCAGGGGCUGUGAUCUUUGACAUUUUAACCGUCUUCUCUAUUUGUUAUCAGCAUCAGUUCCACAACCGGGGAAACAGACCAAAGGCCAAAAUGGAUGAAUGAAUCCAGAUAACAUAAAAAUGUGAUCUCCUGCAAUAGGUCACAUGAGCUUUGUCUUAAGUUUCCCUAAAAUCAAUUCAGAUUUAAGUGUGAAGUUUUUAUGUUUCAGUUCCACAGACCAAUCUUGUUACAACGCGUCGGCUGAGGUUUAGGAUGGAAAAGUGACAUGCAAACCAUCAGUGUACUAUUUCAGUGGUUUCUCUGUAAAUAUCAUAUAUGAAAGUGUGAUUCUAAAUAAAUGCAUUGCCAGCGGAAAUA